AGCAAUCCAUACAACAUCCUCAACUAGUUGAGAGAGAGAGAGAGAGAGAAAAGAUGGGAAGGUCUCCAUUGUCUGAAGAUAGUGGUGUGAAGAAAGGGCCAUGGACUCCUGAGGAAGAUGAGAAGCUCACCAAAUACAUUCAAAAACAUGGCCAUGGAAGCUGGAGAGCCCUCCCAAGACUUGCUGGAUUAAACAGAUGUGGGAAAAGCUGCAGGCUUCGUUGGACAAAUUAUCUGAGACCAGAUAUUAAGAGAGGAAAGUUCUCCCAAGAGGAAGAACAAACCAUCCUCAACCUCCACUCCAUUCUUGGCAACAAGUGGUCCGCAAUAGCAACACAUCUACCCGGGAGAACAGACAACGAGAUAAAGAACUUUUGGAACACCCAUCUAAAGAAGAGGCUGAUCCAGAUGGGGUUCGACCCGAUGACCCACCGCCCGCGCACCGACAUCUUCGCGACCCUCCCGCAGCUCCUCGCCCUCGCGAACCUCAUCGAGAACCCCUCCCCCGCCUCGUGGGAGGACCACGCCAUCCGCAUGCAAUCCGAAGCCUUGCAAAUGGCUCGCCUCAACCAAUGCCUCCAACACCUCCUCCGCCCCUCCAUCCAAAUCCCUAAUUUCCACGGCGCCGGCACCGUCUCCGACGUCGACGCCGCCAUCCUCGCCCACCUCGAGGCGCCUCCUCCGCCGGCGGCGGCGGCCUUCUCCGCCGCGCAGUUCCUGCAGGACUCGGCGCAGUUCGCGCACCUGCCGGAGUUGCAGGCGGCGCCAUGCGGCGGCGGUGAUUUCGCCGGAGUGAUGGGGCAAUUGGAGAAUUCGCCGCCGUCUUCGUCGCCGUGGAUGCAGCAGAGCCUCUCGGCGUCUCCGGUGGCGGCGCAGGUGGCGGAGAGCUCCGUUAUUGAUAACACGGUGGAUGUGUGCGGCGGCGCCGCUCAAAUGUGGUCGGAGCUUCUUGAUGAUCCUAUUUUCCUUGACAUUGCUUGAUGAAUAAUAAUUAUAAAUAUAUAUAAAAGUAA